GUUGAUUUAGAUGCUUUUCAGCAACAAUUUUUCCAACCUUCGGAUUUUAAGCCUUUUUUCGAACCAUGUAGGCGGGACCUGAGAAAAAGAAGGUCUCGGUCCUGAAGGUGAUCAAGCACUGUUGGACGAAGGGCGGUGAUGAUUCGGAAGCCGAACUUCCAUCUUGCAUCGCAGAAAUCGAAAUGAAGUAUAACACAACCGUUGAGAAGAAGCGUGUUGAGCUAGGCUUGACUGAAUCAGAUGAGCUCGAUUCUGAUGCGGAAGACGAGGCGAUCCUUGAGGUAGCUGGGGUGUACAAGCGUCGGGUUCCGUGCAUGGGGGCCGAGAGGCAACAAAUUUUGUACAACCAUGACGAAGCUUCAUCUUCUCGAUCGCGGGUAGAGGAUCCACGUAUUGCCCAAUUGCAGCGAGAAUUGGAGGAGCAGCGGGAAAGGGACCGAGAAACAAGAGCCCGGCUUGAAGCGAUGGAACAUCAAAUGAAUAUAUUCAACGUUGGAUAUCGGGCAGAGCCGUAUUUUAGGCACCCUGAGACGACUCCUCAACUUCAGCACAUGGGCAAUCUGUAUCAAUCUAACUCCGGGUUUAGUAGCGUGCCUACAAUCGGGUCGUUCGAAACUUUUUUGUCUGGAAACUUUAACCAGUUUCAAACACCUGGUGGCAGCACAGGCAGAG